AUCAUUCUGCUACACAACAGCCAGAGAGGGGAGACGAUUCAACCCCGGACCAAAGAACUCAAAUCAGCUCCAGUAAAGACAACUAAAACCUUUUUGGACUGCAGAUAUUUUGGAUUCUGCUUUAUUUAACAGGAAGAUGACCAAUCUGUCAGAGAGAGCUCUGUUUGUCUUCUUUGCAGCACAGGUGUUUACAAUAGUCUGGACCCAGGUGUGCCCUCGGAGAUGCCAGUGCCCUAAGGAGCCCCCCAUGUGUCUCCCAGGGGUCCCUUUGAUCCUGGAUGACUGCGUCUGCUGCCUGGUGUGUGCCCGUCAGAAAGGGCAGGUCUGCUCUGAAAUGAACCCCUGUGACACACGGAAAGGGCUGCAGUGUGAAUACACCGUCGAGGUCCACAGGAGGACUGGGAUCUGUGCCGUUCAUGAAGGAGAUGUCUGUGUUCUGGACGGUUCUGUCUAUCAGAAUGGCCAGACCUUCUUCCCCAGCUGUAAGUACCAGUGUAUGUGCCGCGAUGGGCAGAUCGCCUGUGUGCCGCGCUGCAACUUGGACGUGAUGUUGCCUGGACCGGACUGCCCCAUGCCACGCAGGGUCCAGGUGCCUGGAGAGUGCUGCGAGAAGUGGGUGUGUGAGCCCCAGGUUGAGGCCAGUGCACUGGGUGGCUUUGCCAUGGCGGCCUAUCGUCAGGAGGAAACGGUGAGCUUCGACGGUUGGGACCCCAGCCUUAACUGCAUCGAGCAGACCACGGAGUGGGGCGCCUGCUCUCAAACCUGCGGCAUGGGAGUGUCCACCAGGGUCAGCAAUAAGAACCGACGGUGUGAGAUGGUGAAGCAGAGCCGACUGUGUAUGAUCAGACCCUGUGACAACCAGCAGGACCAGACGCAGCUGACACAACUUGCACAGAAGAGAGGCAGUAAGUGUCAGAGGAUGGUGAGGAGCGACGCAGCCGUCCACCUCUCCUACAAGAACUGCACCAGCGUCCAGGCCUACAAGCCUCGCUACUGUGGCUCCUGCACGGACGGCCGCUGCUGUACCCCCCACAGAACCAAGACCGCCCUGGUGGAGUUCCAGUGUGCCAAAGGUAAAACAACCAGGAGACCCGUCAUGGUGAUCCUGACCUGUGCCUGUCACAGCCACUGUCCCCAAAACAACGCUGUGUGGCAGCCAUCGGAGAUGGGAUACAGCGGUUAUAGGUCCUAGAAUAGCUUUUUAUUCACUUUAAAACAUGAGUUGCAUUAACUCUAAACGUUAGAUUAAAACAAGUCUGUGAUAUAUCAACAGUGAAAAUACGAUUAGAUCUGCUUAUUAUGGUCAGAAUCAUACUUGUAUUCAUAAAAUCCUGUGGACAAAUAAGUGUCAUCUUCUACUGUUUAGUAGAAUCAAAGCACUUAAACCUUGUGAUAUAUCAGGAGGAGUAUACUUCCAACCAUUCACAACAGACUUCAGUUGGACGGAUGUCUGUAGGUGCUCUUACAUUGUCUCUUCUUAAGAGGUCAAACAUGAAGGUGUAACGUUACAGGUUAGUGGGGAAAUACAGGAGUGUCAUGGUUGCUUCCAACCAGAUAGUUUGAUUGACAGUCGGGUUGGCUGAUCAGGAAAAACGUAUAGUUUUUUAGACAAAGAGCAUGAAACCACAGUGUGUUUUGUUCAGCCUAAAUCAUGAAGAAAAACACUCGGCAAAGGAGAAAGUAGCUCCUCUUUCAGAAUAAAAGACCUGCUGUACUGUGACACUUUGACACCUAAAUCUAUAUAUCAGAAAAUAAUAAUACUGAAAUCCUUUUACUUUCACAUUGAUAAAAUACAAAGAAGGAAUUAAAGGACCUCAGGGUGAGCUGUUACCUUUUAGUGGCACUGCCACGGAAAUCUUUCAACUAUGGGAUGCAUUUUUUAAAUAAUUGGACUGUGUGCUCUGACCUGGUCCAAAGAGAGGUCGCUGUAGUUACCUAGUGUCAUUUCUAACAUCUGCACGAAAUCUGACCCCUGUUGUAUAAUGUCGAUGUUCCCUUCAAUAAAUGAAAUUGUAUGUUUUUUUAGGUUUUUGUUUUUGUUAAAAGUAGUGCACAUGACAAAAGUUUUGUAAAUACUUGCAGUAUAGCUUGUUCGACCGAGUGUGUAUCAAAUACACAGCUUUAGUCGGUAACAAUGUAAACAUGAAUUGUAUAUAUUGGUAUGGUAUUGUUUUUCUUACUACUUGAAUUAUACUUCACACUGCUUGUUGCUGUAUCUGUCUCAAUAAUACUGUAAAACUCAACAUUUGAAAAUAAAUGUGUAUUUUUUUGUAUCAAAGUUGUAAUCUCUUUAUUCACAUCUCUACAUUCCACACUAAAAUCAAUCUUUUCUCAGGUACAAUCAUUGGGAUGAUAAAUGAGAUGAU